AUGGAGGGGGUGGACUGGUUAAUGGACGUCCCGCCGGAUAGCACAAUAGACAGGAUAAAGAAGGCAGACCAGAGACACAGAGCUCCAACAAAAGAAGAGAUCUGCGCGGCCACGGUAGCUGUCCCCAUCAAGAACGCGGAGGCCGCGGCACCAGAGGAGGAGGAAGUGGUGGAUUUUCAUUCAGAAAUGCGCAAGAUAUUGAUUUCAUUGAUAGAAGCUGGACAACGUCUUCUCUGCCUGAAUCCAAAAGCUGCCAAAAUCUUCAGGGAAGCACAAGAUUUAAUGGACCAGCAGACUGACCCUGUAGUUCACGUAGAGCCAGAAACACUGAAGCAGCUGACAGAAAUGGGGUUCCCAGAGAACAGAGCUACCAAAGCACUGAUACUGAACAAUAUGUCCCCAGUCCAAGCCAUGGAAUGGUUACUAGAACAUGAUAGUGAUGUAGACAUUGACGAGCCAUUGCCAGAAAUGAAAGCUGCUCAGAAAAAGGUCCAGAAGGAUACAGAAGCCACCAGCAAAGAGAAAACAGACUUCAUGAAGCCUGCCAAGGUCUCAGAGAUUCUAGACACAUUCAAAGCUUACAAGAGAAGAGAGUUCAAGGCAAAUCCAAGGGCAUUGAGAAAUCUCAUGGAGAUGGGUUUUCCUGAGACAGAAGUUGUGGAUGCUCUGCGAGUGUGUCAGAAUAAUCAGGAUGCAGCAUGUGAGUGGUUGCUAGGAGACAGACGGCCACAGGCAGAAGAUUUAGAAGUUGGUUUGAACCCCGAAAGUUCUGUGUACAAGGCUAUCAUGGCUAACCCUGUGGUACAACUGGGGUUAAAUAACCCAAGAAGUAUAUUAGCAUUUCUCAACAUGUUAGAAAAUCCUGCCAGCACCAAUCAUUGGCUAAAUGACGCUGACACGGGACCUAUGUUAAUCCAGAUAACACGAAUAUACCACGCAGAGAAACACUCUGGGAACGGCGCACAGGCACCUGCUGCUGGUGGUCCUGGUAGCUGACUAUAUGUAUAAACUAUGGGUGACUGUGUUGACUCAUUUUAUUUGAAAAAAAAAAACAGAUAUUGACUUGUGUUUAACACAAAUGUUCUUUUCUUAUAGUCUGGUUAUACUGUUUUAUUAAAGCUAGACUUUCAAAUGGACAGAAUUGUUAUAAGAAGAUUUAGUGGAUAUUAGAUUUCAUUACUUCAUGCAGAAGUUAUUUCAAGGAUUCAGCUGGCUGAUUCCAAAGCAGACCUAACGUGCUUACUUGAUAAAUACAUUGUUAUCAACUAAAAAUAUUCACAAGAUGUUUUACUUUAUCCUGAAUGUUCUAUGUUGCCAUGCCCAUUUGGUCUUAAACUAGUUGCCCUAUUCAAAAAUUGUCUGAACCCCACUGGAAUCAUCUAAGAUGUCCUUAAGUCUCGUGAGAUUUUGUGAGAUUUGGAGGAGAAUCGGUUCAGAAAAAAUGGCAGAAUAGCAAGU